CUCUUCCUGCACGAGUGCAUCAAGGCCGUGCUGCGCCUCUACAAGGGCCAGGAGCGGCCGCCGCGCUCGGUGGUCCUGGUGGGCCACUCCAUGGGCGGAGUGGUGGCCCGCGCUCUCUUCACCCUGCCCCGCUUCAGCCCCCCGCUGGUCAGCCUCAUCCUCACCCAGGCCUCCCCCCACCUGGCCCCAGUGCUGGCCCUGGACACACACCUGCUGGGCUUCUACUCUGCGGUGCGGGAGAGGUGGGUGAGGCACGCGGACAGCCUGGCCAACGUCACUGUGCUGUCGGUGGGGGGGGGUUACCGUGACUACCAGGUGCGCUCCGGCCUGACGACCCUGCCCUGCUCCCCGGGAGACCCCAACAAGCUGUCUCUGGUGGCGACUGCGGUUCCCAGGACCUGGGUGUCCACCGACCACCUGUCCAUCGUCUGGUGCAAAGAGCUGGUCCUGGCCACAGUGCGAGCGUUCUUUGACCUCAUCGACCCCGAGACCAACCAGUUCACAGACAGUGUGGUUAGGAGGAUGGAGGUGCUGCACCACCACUUCAUCAGACACCCCGUCAGGAUGCUGGAUGAGACCCCGGAGGCCCCCCUCCCCCUGCCAGAUUCUCCUGAGGCGUGGAAUGAAGUGAAUGCACUGCGUCUGGCGUACAGCGCCCCCAAGGAAGGUCAGGCAAAGUACUUCCUGUUUGCCCUGUCCAGUCGCAGGAAGGCUUACAGCCACUUCUACUGUCGCAGCAACAAUAUGGAGAUGUCCAGCUGGGUGUAUGGAUGUGUCCAGAAGACUGGCUCCAUGUGUGUUCGUGCGGUGGACCUGUCCCGUGGAACAGAACUCCUACCUCCAUAUAAGGUGCUCGUCCUGAGCCUCAGCGACCUGUCUUCUGUCUCUCACCUGGUGGUCGCCGCCUCAAACCUCAACGGCAAGCAGUUCACGGUGGAGUGCGAGUGGCAGAGACAGGAGGCCCAGACCGUGUCCGUCUCCGUGCCGCACGUCCUCUCCUUCGGGUUGACCUCCAGUGACGUGACGGUGAACUCCUCGGGACUCCUGCACACUGUGGAGCUGGAGCACUUCCACCAGGUCUACCAGUCUUUCAGAAUUACGGUCACAAGCCACUGCAAAGUACAAAAGGAUAGAAUGGCCAACGUGUACCGGAUGAAGGUGCCAUGGUUCAGAGAGGACUUCUUAACCACUGCCAGUGUUCCUUCUGUGACUGAGAUCUCGGGAAUGCUCCACACCAGUCGCCCGGGCAACACCUCCUCAGCUCUGCUUCAGCUGCACACCGCCCCAAACUGCCAGUACAAGGUGCUGGUGAGGACCUCUUUCCCGAGGGUUAUGGGACAGGUCCUGCGGUUCUGCGGGCCCCAGCUGCCCGUGUACAUGGCCGUAACGCUCCUGCUGGCCUGCGGGGGGCAGCUGUGGUCCAUCGCCAGGACCGGGAAGCCUCUGGAGGCCAGCCAGGCCGUGGGCUGGGGCCUGCAGCCUCACAAAGUGGGCCUCCCCGUCUACCUCCUGCACCUGCUGCUGGGGUGCAGCCAGUUCCAGGAGGCCUGGUCGGCGCUGGGCCUCCCCGCCAUGGACGCCCUACCCCCCACUGCCCCCGACCACUCCACCCUGGAGGGGGGGCCCGUGGACGAGUGGCCCCACCUCCUCGGGCCCCUGCUGUACCUCCUGGGGGCCACGCUGGCGUUCUGGGGCAGCGCCCUGCUGCGUCUCUCCCUGGCCCUCCUCUCCCUGGCCGCGGCUCCUCUGACCAGACCGUCGGUGGCCCCGGACUGUGGGACUCUGGGCCGGCGGAGGCAGGCCCUCCUCUUCCUGGUCCUCAGCAUAGUGGGCGGGACUUCCUGUGGGGCCGUUGCAAUCUUCAGUGCCUUCCUGAUUCACCUCUACAGGGUCGUCCGUCUACAGAUGACUGAACGCUCUCUGAGUCACAUGCUGAAUCUGGCGCCGGAGAAGAACAACGGGGGGGAGGAGAACGGUGCGGGGACGGGGGCGGCCCCCCCGGGGGUCUCCAGACAGAGGAACGGCGGGGGGGCGCUGCUGUCGGAGGGCCUCCUGCACCAGGUGAGGAGCGACCUCCAGCUCCACCUCUCCCUGUCUGCCCUCUUCACAUUACCCAUCAUGCUCAGCGCGCCCUCGCUGCUCCACUGGGCCCGCAACCUGAGGUACUCUCCCCGGCUGGACCCAGACUCACUCUGGCCGCACACUCUGCCUCUGCUCGCUGCCAUGGUCCUGCUCAUCGACUGCAGCUGUCAUGCACUGAGCCACAGCAAACUCCUCCGCGUGGUUUGCCACCUCCCCCUGCCCCUCUGCGUUGCCAUGGUGACCUUCUCUCCGCUCCAUCUCUACAGAGUGACCUACUUCCUGUCCGCAGCGCUGGUCCCGCUGGCCGUAUCCUGUCUCCUCUGACAGCAGUCGGACGGUAUCGGUCCCUCACUCCAAACACACAGACUCUCUCACUGCCUCAGUGAGGCCACUACCUGUCUCACUGCCUCAGUGAGGCCACUACCUGUCUCACUGCCUCAGUGAGGCCACUACCUGUCUCACUGCCUCAAUGAGGCCACUAACUGUCUCACUGCCUAGUGGGCCUGGUCAGUGAACUACCUGGAAUACGUUCCCUUGACGACCUUAUCUCAACCUUGUCAGCUGCAGAACACUAACUGGAUCAUCUCAAUAAUUUCACUUCAACUCAUCCCAACCCGACUGGAUGCCUAAAUAAAACCCAUCAUGGAGCAAACAUCCAAUUAGACGCCCCCACAGGAAGGAGGGGUUAUCUGGUUGCCAUGGGAGCAGAGCUAUUGCUCGUACAUGGUUUAGGAAGCUCCCAGUUCAGUACCAGGAGCUGCCAUGGUAACCAAUGAUUACCAACAUGCUGGGAGAACGACCUGGGAGUGAUGGGGACCAGUACUGAAGCCCUGAUGGAUCUAGACCCUUUGCCUUACUCUGUGUAUGUUUAGGUGGGCUCUAGGUUGACAAAUGGUAUCGGGGCCAUUAACAAGUACAUACGUGUGCGUGUGAGGAGCACACUACAUGGUGGCACUGCUAACGUCGCUGGUGUUUUGUGGCUUUUUUUUGUGUUUUAGUUUAUUGAUUUAGUUUAUAUUGGGGGAUGUUGAGUCUGGUGGUCUACAACAUUAGUGCUGCGUUGGCGUUUCUGUCCGUCCGUUCAAUCUGAACAGACAGCGCAGCUCUUACACUAAGGGUUCUUUUUGAGACCAUACUGUAGUUGUCUGGAGGCCAAGUAUAUUUAUCAAACAUCCCCUGUAUCGUCGUGGAGUUGAAUAAAGCGGAACCUGGACUCUGUUGUACUGGUAGCUAGAGCCUGGACUCUGUUGUACUGGUAGCUAGGGCCUGGACUCUGUUCUACUGGUAGCUAGAGGCAGGACUCUGUUGUACUGGUAGCUAGGGCCUGGACUCUGUUGUACUGGUAGCUAGAGGCAGGACUCUGUUGUACUGGUAGCUAGAGGCAGGACUCUGUUGUACUGGUAGCUAGAGGCAGGACUCUGUUGUACUGGUAGCUAGAGGCAGGACUCUGUUGUACUGGUAGCUAGGGCCUAAUGGCAUCCCGGCUCUCUCUUCCUUCAGGACUCAAGCUGGUGGCAGAUGAACUUUAUCUGUCCCAUCCACUCCUGGUUAAGACUGUUCCCCCUCACUCUGCCGCGUUGCUCUGUGGAUGGCCCUCAGUGCUGGGAGGGCGCCUGCCACCACGGCUGGCUCUUCCUCUGGGUCCAUCCAUCCCCUUCAGCUGACGUGUAAUCACACAAGCAGGUCUAUGGGAGGUGUGUCUUCAUCGGUACAGGAAGUCGGAUGGCCUAUCGUCCGAAGUCCUGAAGACGCUGAUUGGUUUCCUGCCUGGUGCCGCGUCACGCCGGCACUCCCUGCUGGUGCGUCUGCCCUCGUCACGCUAACCGUCAUAGCAACUACAGUGCCUUCCCGCCUCCCCACUCCUCCAUCCAAGUGCUGCAUUCAGUCCACAGCCUGCCUUCCAUUCCCCAGAGGUCCUUACUGGGAACAUGGGCUCCCAGUAUAGAGACAGCAUGUCAACCAGUGCACUCCAUCUCCUCCUGGUGGAGAUACAGCCCCCCCCUCUCUGAGAGGGGAACUGCUGGAGUACUGAGGCCACGUCGCGUGAGAGUUGCUGCCUGAAUGUGAAGUUCUGGGAAAAAAAAAUCUCUGUUCAGAUUACAGUUCUGGAGCAGAACUCUGUUCAGUGGUCAGUUCUGGCGAACAAAUCGAGACUAUAGGCAUGGAUAAAGUGUGUGCGUGUGUGCGCGCGAGUGCUUUGAGAUUCACAAAACCUGCCUCAUUCCAAAUGUGGCUUUUCUACCAGAAUAACUUUGUCGUACUAUUUAGUAGAAGUUGACAUGUGUGGUUUUGUUUUACAGGUUUUGUUACAUAUAUAGAUGGGAUUUUUUAUAUUGUGUUCACUGUGACCAUGUGAUAGUUACACAAAAAAAGCUUAAGGGACCUUUACUUUGAAAUGAUACUCUGUGGUGCACUGCUGAGUGGUGUUCCAAUGCUGUUGCCCAAUGGUUACUGACAAACCACACGUCAAACCACUUUAUAUUAAACCUUUUUCUGGAACCCUUGAGCUUCAAUCUGUGCCGUUGAUUACUCUUUUUAACUUUAGAUGAAGUUAAUAAGUUGUAUUAAACAAUAAACAUUUAUAAUCCACUUUUUGAGUAAUUUCAAACCAGCAGGUUUGAAAUUACUCAAAGGUUUAGCAAAAUCCCAAUUAAUCGUAGAAACUGCAAUUUUUAUUCGAUGGCAUAUUUUUGUUUAUGCUUUUUAGAGGCCACACAGAAUUACCACAGGGCUGGACUACCAUGACCUGAGUAAAAGCCCUAGUAUUAUGUUCCUUUAUCUGAGUGUUAACUAUAAGUAAUGCACAUAACAAACAAAGUUUACGAUGACAUGUCCCACCGAUUUGAUUCUUAAACCUGACUCAUGUUUUGUUAUUCUGUAGCAUAUCCUUUUUAUAUGAAAGCAAUUGGUUGCCAAGAUGAAUUUUCUAGUCUAUUAUUUUCUUAUGACCAGAUUAUUGUUAUUGGAUAUAUUUGUAUUGAACAGUGGUUAUGUUUUUUUAUUUAUUCAGAAAGCUAUAAAGUUCUAACCAUGGCAGAUUCCAUGUCACUCUUUCUCUUUUCAUUAUUAUGAAGUCCUGUCUGAGAAAACUCACCAGCAAAUGCUUAAAGGAAAUGACUUAAAGGCUCACAUUCAGAUAGUGUAGUCCUACAACUCCAUGGCUGUUUUAUCAAAGUACCAGAAAAAGGAACGUCAUAUAAAGUGAUUCUUUUUUUUACACAAAAUAAUUAUUGCUGUAAAUUUCAACUUGCCGAAAAUGCGUUUCUCCAGAAUUCUGGAAAUUGUACGAAAUCCUGGAUAUAUUAUGGGAAAAUAUGUGGUUCACUGUGGAUAACGUUGCAGGAUAAUUAUAUUGUAUUUCUAAUGGAUAGUUGAGCGUUAUCAGUUCUGAAUGUCGUUUUAGUAAACAUUUUUAUACAUUGGCCUCUUCUGUUUUAAAAAAACGAAACAAAACAGUUUGCUGUCUUCAGCGCAUUCAUUUUUAAAGCUGACAUUUCUAAAGAGAAACUAUUUUCAACCUCGAGACGGCUGGAGUUAGAGGGUGUUCAUGUUAGUUUAUUUACACACGAUGAAAUUAACAGCAAAAAUAAAGAACACAAAGUGUUGUUGGGUUUUCAAACUCUGAAUGUGAUCAUUUGUGACUACUGGUGUGGUGGAUGGUGACUGGAGUAUCAAUCCAACUGUUGUUGUCCUAACCUGGUCACUAGUAUGCAACCAUCGUUGUGUUGAGCUGGUUAGAGUCGGUGGUCAUCAAGUUAAGUGAUCAACUGUAAGUGCUUUGACAAUAUGUUGGUCAGGUGGCUUGUAAAAGGAUAACACGCACACGCUCACACUCCCCACAAGUCCCAAGUCCCCCAUAUCCACUCUCAUUAUGCUUAUUCGGUCCAGAUGCUGAAGGCCAAAUAAUCAUGUUUUUUAGAGAACACACUAAUUUGGAGCCAGUUGUGCUGAAUGCUGCAUUGUGGUGUAUCUCUUUAAUACGUUAUAAUUGUUUGUUGUGAUCUACCCAGAGUGACUCUAAGAUAAACCAACUCUUGCUGUUGGUUGGUCCUUAUCGUAAGCGUUAGAUUUUUGCUAAGUUUUUCAUUACUGGUGGUUAUUUGAAACUAAACUAUUGGUAUACUGUAUCUCAAAAGCUGUUUGUGUUCAUGGUGGGGGUUUAGGUGUGAGGUAUGAAGUAUAUAUUCCUCAGGUUCUUGACAAAGGGAUUGCUUCUAUGUUUGUAGAUUUUUAAAUGAUGUCACAGAGAAUGGGAAACCGUGCAAUUUUUUAAGCAGAAGUGAUGUAAUUAAUAAAAGUUAAGAUGAUAACGU